CCUGUUUUCCCUGACGAUCGAUUUCAACUUCGAGAAGCGUGAAGGACAAGUCUACGACAAUGGGGCACCGUUUUCGUAAGGGAAGGAGAAUCCGCGCUCCAAGCCGUGCAGUGGAUCACACCGAAGAUCAGACGAAGAUCAGUCUCAAUCAGCCAGAUAAAGCCGUGCAAGAAGGACCCCCGAUCCCAACUCAUCAACCACGAUGGGUUUCAACCUCAUACAAGCUCGACCGAGUUUGCAUUGCAUUUCCGGUGGAGGCAUGUGUGCAAGCCGGACAACUGAUCUUUGAUAACAGCACCGACUGCUGGGAUGAUGCACCACUGCGCAGUGACACUCAUCGAAAACGCCUCCCUCACCGCAUUGAUCGAGCUGCCGUUCGCAAAUUGCUACCAACGUCUAAAAGAAGAACGCACCGCACGUCAUAUAGACACAGUAAGUACCCGCUCCGGUUGGUUCCGGCAGUCAGCCGAUCAGGAAUGGAAUAUGGCCGAGACAAUUCACGCAAGUGGUAGAGUACCAAGCAGCCAAGAGCUGCCGUCAGCGCGGAGACGACGAAGACGAA